GUGUCUACAGUAAGGUCUUGAGAAUGUCAACGGCACCGUUUCUCGGGAUUCGAUUAGAGGGGACGAGACUUUAGACCUAAGGGUGGAACGUGCAUCAUAUCAUUACUCAGCGGGUAAACCGUGAAUUUGAUUCGAGGGAUUCAUCACUACAAUAUGUGCCUUUUGGCCGCGUUCGGUGUUCCGCUGACGUUAUGCAGUAAGUAGCCAUAGGUAUACAAUUAGGGAUCUAGAUAGGAAGCCAGGUACCCAGAAACACCUCGGAUCUACGUGUGUAGGGAAAUGUAGAUGUUGUCUGAGUGGUUGGCAAAUUUACUUGUGCGGCCCAGUGGUUGUGGAUCAUAGCGUUGUGCUUGCUUCUGUGGAAAACUUGACCCCCAACCCAAACUCAGCACACUAAAGGUAAAAUGGACCUAAUACCGUUCUCUACAGAGGCUUUUGCCUCUUGGGCAGCUCGUGCUUGGAUUCUGGUUCAGGGCAUAUUCUUUGCUUGGAUUGCUGCUAAUAUCGCAGGUUGGCUUCAUCAUCGACUUACAAAGGUCAAGGCGCCCAGAGUUGGCAGAGAUCCCUGGAUAUUUGGGCUAUGGGGUGCGCGGAAACACUUUGUGGUGAAUGGGAAGAGGUUGACCCAGGAAGCAUAUGGCCGUGAUAGACACUCUAUGUACUGGGUGCAGACGGGUGACAUGGAGCGCCUGGUGCUCCCGAGUAUUCACAUCGAGGAACUUCGGAAACUUCCUGAAUCGCAUAUUGACAGUCGAAUGGCCGUGGUUGAGAGGAACCUGGGCUGGUAUAACCGCGUUGACAUUAUAUUGAAGAGUACCGCCCAUGUCGAUGUCUGCCGUACUCAACUCGUUCAGAAUCUCGGUGAGAUUACAGCUGGUCAGACAAGCACGCUUGAUGCAGUCUUCCGCUGUGAGAUGGGAGCUUGCUACAAGGAUGGAGAUUUUCACUCUUUCAAUGCGGCCGAGACCUUCUUAAACGUCGUAAACAGAAGCGUCGCAAAGGCUCUUGUAGGAGAGGGCCUGUGCGAUAACGAUCGGUGGCUACAGCUAUGUUUGGACACUACGGUGAACACUGGUAAACUGUGCCGAGACCUACAGCCAUGGCCUGAUCUACUUCGACCUGUUGUGUGCCACCUCCUGAAUGCACGGAGGAGCCUUGAUCGCGAUUUUACUGCAUCGCAGGAACUUUUAACUGAGGCUAUCAAAAGUCGAAAGCGUGGCGACGGGAACGUCGACAUCUUGCAAUGGCUUAUCGAUCGUCACGACGGAACAUACGAUGAAGCUGGACUCUCGUUCUUGACAAACCAAACCCUCUUUAUAGCUAUCGCAGCGACGCGGUCAACUGCGAGUUCCAUAGUCAAUACGUUAUUCGAUCUUGUAGCGCAUCCAGAGCAUCAAGAUACACUUCGAUCAGAAAUCCGAACUGCACUCGCCGCCCAUGGGAGCUGGUGCCUUGAGGCUGUUCAGGGGAUGAAGCGACUAGACAGCUUCAUAAAAGAGUCUCAGAGACUGCAUCAUCACCUUCUUCUCUCAUUCAACCGCAAAGUGAAACAGCCCAUCACUCUUUCAAGCGGCACAAACAUACCAGCAGGAACUUUCAUUUCAACACCGGCUUACUGGGCCGCUAGAGAUCCUAGUGCCUUUCCGCCAACAGGAGAUGGCUUCGAGCCGUGGAGAUGGUUCGACCUCCGGGAAGAAGCUGAACAAAGGGGUCUCAGCGAGAUACCAUAUUUAGCCAGCACUCCAAGCCCACAUAACUUGCAUUGGGGAUAUGGUCGGAAUGCAUGUCCGGGGCGAUUCAUGGCUGCAGUUGAGGUCAAGCUAAUCAUUGCUUGGAUACUCUGGAACUUCGACGUCUCAUGGCCACUAGGGCAGACCAAAAGGCCCGAAAAUCUGUUUAUAGACGAGCGGGUUCUUCCUGAUCCAAGGCAGCAGGUUCGAUUUCGACGGCGUACACAGACCUGAGGCAAUGCUGCCCUGCUCGUGCGUAAAGAGUGCCAAGCCCCCCGGCCUUGGGGUUAGUGUAGGUCAUCUAUUAGGAUACAAUGACAAGUAAACACAGUUGCACUGGUCAA